AUGAACUCCUUCUUCUGCGAAGACACGAAGGAGGAAGAACAGCUCCUCCAGAAAAUCACCAAAGUUAAGGAAGACAUAUUACCCAAAGUCAUCCUAGAAAUUAUUACCAACAAAUGUUUAUCCAAAAGGAGGUUCAAGGGGGAGGAAGCGAAGGUCAAAAUGGAGCCCCACUUUUCGGGGCAGUCCCUAUUGAGGAAUAAGAACCAUGAUGGGUGGAGUGACCACAAGGAUCAGGCCCCAAAUGGGGAACAGAGUCGCGCCCAACUGAGCGGCGAAAUUGCAAGCGGUGAAAUUGCAAGCGGUGAAAUUACGAACGGCGAAAUGCUGAACGGCGAAAUGCUGAACGCUCAGCUGAACGCUCAACUCAACACGCACAUAUUCACCUUCCACCUUAAAAAAAAUGGACGCAUAAACGCAGAUACCUUUUUUAUACCCUACAAAAGUAAAAAGGGUGAGGAUGUCAUAAGGGAGUACACGGAGAGUUAUAGCUAUUACGAUGUGUACAGUCCGAAUAUCGAAAAGACAAACAAACUCUUUCACACGAAUAAUAAUGGUCGCUUGUGUGAUGUUGCACCAGGGGGGGAACAAGAGGUGGGAGUGAUUCGUCAGAAGAAAAAAGUUAAAAUAAAACAGGAGUGGGAAGAAAACGCAGAGGAAGAUCAACUGCCUCCAGGCGGGUUUGUAGAAUGGAGCAUACAAAAAAGUGAGACAACGGAAGAACCUCCAGCAGAAGAGACCCCAGCAGAAGAGACCCCAGCAGAAGAGACUCCAACAGAAGGACCACCCCACUUUACAAAUGCAAACGGUGACUGUAGAACAAACAAUAUGGAAAAAUAUCUUGUCCACUUUAGGGGGAGAUUAUUCAUAGGAUGUAAUUUGAUCUAUUCUCAUUUCAAGUGUAACACCUUUUUAGGCACCAUACAGAGUAGAGAAUUGGACCAAGGGGAGAGCAGCCCGAUCGGAGAGGACGAUCUCUACUUUGUUAAAAAAGAAAUAAAAACAUACAACUUAAUUAAAAGUGCUACUUAUUGGAAGCAGGAUGAAUAUCCGGAUGUGUCCGAUCCCAAUGUCCAAAAGUUUCUCUUCUUGACGGUCGUGCCGGCGCUCUGUGAUUAUGCGGAGGAGGGGGGGGAACAGGCCGCCGACGUUCUCACUAUCGCCAUCGCCAUCGCCACCAUGCUGCGCCUCGCCCUCCAAUCCACGCAAAACAAAACGCAGAUAGGAAUAAAACACACGUGA